AUGGGCGAAAUGAUCAUGUCAAAUGAGCCCUGGGACUUUCUGAACUCCGUCUUGCGGUUCAGGGACGACGAUUCCCAAUUCUGGUGGGACAAGACAGGGCGCAUGUUUUCCAAGCUCCUGAAAUACGCCGGCUACAGCGCAGGAGACCAGUACCGUGAGCUCAAUUUUUACUCCCUCUUCGUCGCCCCUGAGCUCGGCCCCUCACCAGACUGCCACGGCAAUCAGAAGAUGGAGAAUUGGGAAUGGGGCCGCGACAAUCAAGCUGUCAUUCGUUACUCUUUCGAGCCCAUUGGCCUUCACGCUGGCACAGAGCUUGACCCUCUCAACAGACACGCAACAAACGACUGGAUCUUCAAGCUUCAGCAACAAAAGCUGGUUCCCAACCUGGACCUGGAAUGGUACAACCACUUCACAAGACAAAUCCUGCCCCAUGGUACGCGGACAAAGACCGUGGACUGCUUCAUCGAAGAGACAACGCCAAAGGCAGGCACAGUAGUGGCCCUCGACAUCGAGAAGAGCGGACCCGUCAUGAAGAUCUAUAUCUAUCCCGGGCUCAAGGCUGAAGAGCUCGGCAUCACAAACCUCGAGCUCGUGGAGCAGUCUAUUCGUAGCCUCCCGACCGACCAGUUCAAAUCACUCGGUGCCGAACCCCUCCUGGAGUUCCUUAGAGAAGGCACAAAGAAGUACAGCUUCGAGACGGGCAUCCUCGCCAUCGACUGCCUUGCACCGAAAGACGCUCGCAUCAAGGUGUACAUCAGAGCAAAGCAUACAACCUUCGAGUAUAUGAUGGACUGUCUGACCCUCGGAGGCAAGCUCGAUAUGUCGGGCGAGGCGAUUGACGACCUCAAGGACUUUUGGAAGACCUUCCUGGCGGACGCACCAGAUGUUCUCGAUGAUGAUGCCCCCGGACGUGCAUCACCGGGCUUCUACUACACCCUCGGAUGUGGUAAAGCGAUCUCACCAAAGGUGUACAUCUCUCCCAACUAUUUCAGCAAGAAUGAUGUAGAUGUUCUUGCCCGCCUUCGCAAGUUCUUCUCUACCCGUCGGUCGGACUCAAUGAUGGACAACUACGAACAAGCCCUGAACGAUAUCUUUGGGCGCAAAACUCUGGAAACUCGUUGUGGCAGUCAUUACUAUGUUGGAUGUGCUCUGGCCAAGGGCCAAUUAAGAGUGGUGACGUAUCUCAGCCCCCAGUCAUUUGACUGCGAGAAGGACAUGAUUCAGGCUCGGAGGCCAUGA